AUGAUUAAAAAAAAAAAAAGAGACAAGAGGCGUCUCUCUCUCUUUGUGCUCUAAGCUUUUUGUUGCAGAGAGAGAACGCUCAAGGGAAUUUACUUGAAGGGGGAAUCCAUGGAUUUGGAGAAGCUCUAUUUAGUUAUCUCUGUUGCAAUUGUGAUUUCGUUGGUCUCUUAUCCGUCUUCCGUUACAGCUGGGGACAUAGUUCAUGACGAUGAUUCUGCUCCCAAAAAGCCUGGAUGCGAGAACGACUUCGUCUUGGUAAAAGUCCAAACUUGGAUCAAUGGUAUAGAGGAUGCUGAAUUUGUUGGCGUGGGUGCUAGAUUUGGCACCACCAUUGUAUCAAAGGAGAAAAAUGCUAAUCAAACUCGCCUCACUCUUUCAGAUCCUCGAGAUUGUUGUACUCCUCCCAAGAAAAAGCUUGAUAGGGAUAUCAUUAUGGUUGAUCGAGGCAAGUGCAAAUUCACGACCAAAGCAAACAAUGCAGAAGCUGCCGGUGCUUCUGCUGUCCUUAUAAUAAAUAACCAAAAAGAACUUUACAAGAUGGUUUGUGAGCCCGAUGAAACUGAUCUUGACAUAAAAAUACCUGCUGUUAUGCUACCACAAGAUGCUGGUGCAAGCUUGGAAAAAAUGUUGUUGAAUAGUUCAUCAGUGUCUGUGCAGCUAUACUCUCCAAAGCGACCACUAGUUGAUAUAGCCGAAGUAUUUUUGUGGCUGAUGGCAGUUGUUACCAUCUUGUGUGCAUCUUACUGGUCUGCAUGGAGUGCUAGAGAAGCAGCUAUUGAACAUGACAAGCUAUUGAAGGAUGCUGUAGAUGAAAUUCCAAAUGACAAAGUCGUGGGUGUUAGUAGCAUCGUAGACAUCAACACAACAUCAGCUGUCCUGUUUGUUGUUGUCGCUUCAUGCUUCUUGGUCAUGCUUUACAAACUUAUGUCAUACUGGUUUGUUGAGCUUUUGGUGGUUCUUUUUUGCAUAGGCGGGGUUGAGGGCUUGCAAACCUGUCUAGUUGCUUUAUUAUCAAGGUGGUUCAAGCAUGCAGGGGAAUCGUACAUUAAAAUACCUUUCUUUGGACCUGUUUCACAACUAACAUUGGCUGUUUCACCAUUCUGCAUAACAUUUGCUGUUGUUUGGGCUGUCUAUCGCAAUGUCUCCUUUGCCUGGAUCGGCCAAGAUAUACUAGGAAUUGCACUGAUAAUCACUGUUCUGCAAAUUGUCCAUGUACCUAACCUCAAGGUGGGAACAGUUCUUCUUAGUUGUGCAUUCUUGUAUGACAUCUUCUGGGUGUUCGUUUCUAAGAAGUUGUUCCAUGAAAGUGUCAUGAUUGUGGUGGCUCGUGGCGAUAGAAGUGGAGAAGAUGGUAUACCCAUGUUGUUAAAGAUCCCUCGAAUGUUUGAUCCCUGGGGUGGUUACAGCAUUAUAGGAUUUGGCGACAUCCUUCUACCUGGACUGGUGAUAGCAUUCUCACUCAGGUAUGAUUGGUUGGCAAGUAAGUCUCUUCGAGCUGGAUACUUCUUGUGGGCAAUGAUGGCUUAUGGAUUAGGUCUUCUCAUCACAUAUGUGGCCCUUAACUUGAUGGAUGGCCAUGGCCAACCUGCAUUGCUCUACAUUGUCCCAUUCACUCUUGGAACCUUUCUGACAUUGGGAAAGAAAAGAGGUGAUCUCAACAUUUUAUGGACAAAAGGAGAACCAGAAAGAGCUUGCCCCCAUGUCCAUCUUGAACACUCUCAUGAACUGAACAUGGAAAAGUAAGUUUCUUGUAGUUAUAUUUGUGCAGUGUAGUAAUCAUUCCCUGGGAAGCUGGUUAAACCAGCUUGUCAAAGCUUAGCCUAACUUGGAAAUGUUGUCUGAAAUUAAAUACGCAUGCCCUUUAGAUUAUUAAUAUUUUGGGCUAAAUAUAAGUUAAUAAUAGUGCUCAGUAUGGUUCCUUGAA